AGGAACAUUAUCUCUUCCCUAGACAUUUGGAGAAUGUCAUUUAACUGGGUACUCCUGCUGCACUUCAAAUUCAACAUGUUUGGUGCUUGGAUCUUAUUGUUUCCUCUCCUGUUAGGGGCGAGGGCGUUCAUGAUCCACAACACCCAGAGCAGCUUGUGUUUGGAGGAAUCGGCAUCUACAGGCGAAGUCCUGCUGAAGAACUGCAACCUGGACUCCGAGUCCCAGCAGUGGAUCUGGACUGAUCGGGGCAUGCUGAUGUGUGUUAUGUCAUCCAGAUGUCUGUCAGCCCUGCAAAAAGAGCCUGUUCAGACUCUGCCCUGCAGGGGGUCGGAGGUAGAUGCGACGGCGACAUUGUGGGACUGUGACAGGGGCCGGCUGAUCAGCGGGAACAAUUCUAUGCUGCUGUCAAUAGAUGGCUGGCGUCUGGUUCUCACCCAUGACAGCAAACUCUCAAAGUGGAAAUCUCUGGAUGAGGGGGACAUCUGCCAGGAAAAGCUCAGAUCCAGGAGGGCUUCUGAUGAUCCAAAAGAGUUUGAGGUUGCAGAGAAGCAGACAGGCGAUGAGGCGGCCAUGACCGAAGAACAGAGGGAAUACCUCCGCUGGUACUAUCGCAGUGAGGACCCAACCAUAUGGACAUUUGUGCUGCUGGGACUGGCCUUCGUCUGUCUUCUGAUUGGUUUUCUGCUGCUGGGAAUGGGAGCCAUGGCCAACAAGAACAGAAAGAAGAUUGCAAAGUACAAGGCAGCUGCCGCUCUGUCUCAGAAAGGUGAGGAGCUGCUGGUAAUGUCACCGCUCAGAGAUGACAGCAGCUGCAAACCAUCGCCAUCACUUGACAGGCGGAUGACGGGAAGCAACGGGGACGUGAGCGAGCUCAAAGCGGGAGACAUCGUGGUCACAUGGAAAGACGGCAACGCGUCCGCCUUGUACUCGGAUCCCGCGGCAGAGGAGAAGAAACAGGAGCUGGAUCAGGAGGAGGAACCGGAGGAGCUACCAGCAGCUGAGCUGGAGCCUGAUGUGGCAGUGAAGAUGAUGGAGUGAAGAUUCUCACAGCAGGUGUGAAUAAUGUCAGCCUGUAACACAGCAUGCUCCUCCAGAAGCAGCAGUUAGCAGAUUCCAUGUCAUGCGGGGAAACCCUUCGCCACCCACUGCUCCACCGUGUGAUUUAUGUUCAACAUUGACGGACUGCUAAGACCAUGAAGUUACAAAGCAUUCGGCCUGUAAAACCUGCUGACUCCUCACAUUCACAGCAGCCCGACAGUGCAACAGAUUAAGCAAUCUAAUCAAUCCCUGAAAACGUUAUGUCCACAUUCACUGGAAGGGUCGAAGGGCCCAAAACAUGCCAUUAGUUUGAAUGUAGGCACAAUGUUGAGUGUGAGUUUUGUCACGUGAGGUUUAUUAUACCUUUAUGACUAAAAUACGACAUGAACUGUGUAUUUACAUGCAAUGUUUUGUUGAAAAAAAAUAAAACAUUUGGAAUUUGAAA